AUGAAUCCACUACAUAUGCAUGAUAUUAUUGAUACUGUGAAAGAUGCUUUACUCCUUCCAUUAGGAAUCGAAGGUCAUUCUUUAGGAUCUGAUCCAAUAACACAUAAAAAAAUGAGAGCUGAACAAGCAAGUAGCACAUCUAAUAAUGCAUCAUCAAAUCAAUCUACAUCUACUGCGUCAUCAAAUCAAUCCACAGCUACUGCAUCAUCAAAUCAAUCCACAUCAUCAACUAGUGCACAAACAGAUACACCUGAUGAUAAAUCCGAACAACAUUCUACCGAACCAAUAAAAACAGAAAAAUGA